GAGACCCUCACUGGAACGUUCCUCGUGUCCCCCGAUUUUGAGACUGAGGGGAAAGGCUCCAGGGCCUCCCCACCGGCCUCACAGAGGAUGCAGUUCUUCGGCCGCCUGGUCAACACCCUCAGCAGCGUCACCAACUUGUUCUCUAACCCGUUCCGGGUGAAGGAGGUGUCUGUGGCAGAGUAUGACGCAAGCACCCGAGUCCAGGAGGAAGGACAACUGAUUCUGUUCCAGAACGUCCCCAAUCGCACGUGGGACUGUGUCCUGGUCCAUCCCAGGAACUCACAGAGCGGAUUCCGGCUCUUCCAGCUGGAGCCAGAGGCUGACGCCCUGAUGAAUUUCCAGCAUUAUUCUUCCCAGCUGCCGCCCUUCUACGAGAGCUCGCUUCAGGUGCUGCAAGUGGAGGUCCUGCAGCAGCUGACAGACCUAAUCCGCAGCCACCCCAGCUGGUCAGUGACCCACGUGGCCGUGGAGCUGGGGGUCCGCGAGUGCUUCCAUCACAGCCGCAUCAUCAGCUACGCCAACAGCACAGAGAAUGAGGAGGGCUGCACGCCCCUGCACCUGGCCUGCCGCAAGGGCGAUGGGGAGACGCUGGUGGAGCUGGUGCAGUAUUGCCAUGUGCAGAUGGACGUCACCGACAACAACGGAGAGACCGCUUUCCACUAUGCUGUUCAGGGUGACAACCCCCAGGUGCUGCAGCUCCUAGGCAAGAAUGCGUCGGGCGGCCUGAACCAGGUCAACAACCAGGGGCUGACCCCGCUGCACCUGGCCUGCCAGAUGGGGAAGCAGGAGAUGGUUCGCGUGUUGCUGCUCUGUAAUGCCCGGUGCAACAUCCUGGGUCCCAGUGGUUACCCCAUCCACGCCGCCAUGAAAUUCUCUCACAAGGGAUGUGCGGAAAUGAUCAUCAGCAUGGACUGCAACCAGAUCCACAGCAAAGACCCUCGCUACGGAGCCAGCCCCCUGCACUGGGCUAAGACUGCAGAGAUGGCUCGCAUGCUGCUGAAGCGGGGUUGUGAUGUGAAUAGCACCAGCUCCGCGGGGAACACAGCCCUGCACGUGGCCGUGAUGCGCAACCGCUUCGAAUGCGUCAUGGUGUUGCUGACCUAUGGGGCCAACGCUGAUGCCCGUGGCGAGCAUGGCAACACCCCACUGCAUCUGGCCAUGUCGAAAGACAACAUAGAGAUGGUGAAAGCUCUGAUUGUCUUCGGGGCAGAGGUGGACACCCAGAAUGACUUUGGGGAGACUCCUGCCUUCAUAGCUUCCAAGAUCAGCAAACUUGUCACCAGGAAAGCGCUCUUGGCUCUGCUGGGAACUGUAGGGGCCGACCCACUCAUCCCAGGGAUGCCUGUGGAGCAGGGCUCCGCCUCCGCACUACAGCCCCCCAUCUCCCCGGAAAGAGCACAGCCCCUACCGAUCAACCUCAGCAACUUAGAACUGCAGGACAUCAGGUACAUCUCCCGGGCCCGGAAGCCAGCCUUCAUCCUGAGCUCCCUUCGGGAUGAGAAGCGUAGCCACGACCACCUGCUCUGCCUGGACGGAGGGGGCGUUAAAGGGCUCGUCAUCAUCCAACUCCUCAUUGCCAUUGAGAAGGCCUCCGGCAUUGCCACCAAGGACCUCUUCGACUGGGUCGCCGGGACCAGCACGGGGGGCAUUCUGGCCCUAGCCAUUCUGCACAGUAAAUCCAUGGCCUACAUGCGCGGCGUGUAUUUUCGCAUGAAGGAUGAGGUGUUCCGGGGCUCACGGCCCUAUGAAUCUGGGCCCCUGGAGGAGUUUCUGAAGCGGGAAUUCGGUGAACACACCAAGAUGACGGACAUCAAGAAGCCCAAGGUGAUGCUGACAGGAACACUAUCUGACCGACAGCCGGCUGAACUCCACCUCUUCCGGAAUUAUGAUGCCCCGGAGUGCGUUCGGGAGCCUCGGUUCAGCCAGAAUGCUAACCUGAAGCCCCCAACCCAUCCCACAGAACAGCUGGUGUGGAGGGCAGCGCGCAGCAGCGGGGCAGCCCCCACCUACUUCCGGCCCAAUGGGCGCUUCCUGGAUGGCGGGCUGCUGGCCAACAACCCCACGCUGGAUGCCAUGACCGAGAUCCACGAGUACAAUCAGGACUUGAUCCGCAAGGGUCAGGGCCAUAAGGUGAAGAAACUCUCAGUCAUCGUCUCCCUGGGGACAGGGAAGUCCCCACAGGUGCCCGUGACUUGUGUGGACGUCUUCCGCCCCAGCAACCCCUGGGAACUGGCCAAGACUGUUUUUGGGGCCAAGGAACUGGGCAAGAUGGUGGUGGACUGUUGCACGGAUCCUGACGGGCGAGCUGUGGACCGGGCCCGGGCCUGGUGCGAGAUGGUCGGCAUCCAGUAUUUCAGACUGAACCCCCAGCUAGGGACAGACAUCAUGCUGGACGAGGUCAGUGACGCAGUCCUGGUCAACGCCCUCUGGGAGACGGAGGUCUACGUAUACGAGCACCGGGAGCAGUUCCAGAGACUCAUCCAGCUGCUGCUCGAACCCUGAG